UCCACCACCACUUCCCCGAUUCCCGCAUGUGUACUCUCGACACAACUUUGUCAAUCAAUAAUAGAGACAGAGAGCAGUCCCGGUGGAUCCCGAACGCCUCCGCAUUUUCAUUCAUCCCUCCGUUCCCUCAUAGCAUCAUUUCCCCGAAUAGUUGAUUCAGUUGUCGUAUUUUGGGGCAUAAGGAGCUGUCAAAAGUCGUCACGGGGAAGAGUGAAAUAGGAAGGGGCAUUUAAUGUGAUUAACAUCUCUCGAUCGACUGAAAGACUGAGUUGUCUUCCGGGUGGAAGAGGAGGCAGGCUUAUCGCGAACAGCUGGCCUCAGAUAUAAAAUAUCGCGGAUAUUAUUCGGGGGACUACCACGGAUUGUCAGGGAAAUGGCACAGGAAGCCUCCAGGAGUGUCGAUGAGAAAAGCUACAUUUUGGAUGCGCGAAAAAAUUAUGAGGAUGGCAACAGCUUGGGGACCGAUGACUCCUACGACGAUAUGAGACAGCUCGUGAGGGGGGAGGAGGAGGAUGAGUCGGGUAAAUUCUCUAGUCUGCCACUGGCGAGCUUUAAUUUCAUCAAUUCCAUCAUCGGGAGUGGAGUAAUUGGAAUCCCCUAUGCCCUACAUCAGUCAGGCUUUGGCCUCGGAAUAGGUCUCCUGAUAGUCGUAGCUGUUCUCACCGAUUAUUCGUUGAUUCUCAUGGUCAGGAGUGGACAUUUGUGUGGAGAGAUGAGUUAUCAGGGACUUAUGAGGGCCAGUUUCGGAAGGGUUGGAUUCUAUAUACUUACGACCCUACAAUUUAUUUAUCCAUUUAUUGCCAUGGUAUCGUACAACGUUGUUGUGGGUGAUACAGUAACAAAAGUUAUAAUCCGAGUAUUUGGCCUGAGAGAGGACAAUAUAUUCGGUAAACGUGAAGUUGUCAUUCUGCUAGCAACAAUGUGGAUAACAGUGCCACUGUGUUUAUACAGAAACGUAGCGAGACUAGCUAAAAUAUCGUUCCUCUCGCUCGUGUGCGUCGGCUUCAUUCUGCUCGCCAUUUUCAUCAGGAUGAGCACAAUGGCGGCCAUUGUGCCAGAAUCCACCGACAGCUGGAGAUUCGCGUCGAUAAGAGGCGUUAUCCCCUCAAUAGGCAUAAUGGCAUUCGCGUUUAUGUGCCAUCACAACACAUUCCUCAUUUAUGGGUCCAUCGAGCGUGCGACCCAACAGAAGUGGGACGUAGUGACCCACUGGUCUCUAUUCACGUCUUUCAUUGUGGCCAGUGCUUUUGGAAUCGCGGGUUAUGCCACAUUUACGUCACACGUUCAGGGCGAUCUCAUGGAGAACUACUGCUGGGACGAUGAUCUCAUGAACUUCUCGAGGGUUAUGUUCAGUGGGACCAUCUUGCUGACGUUUCCCAUUGAGUGUUUCGUCACACGGGAGGUAAUCCUCACAGCAAUAAAAGGAACCGACGAGACUGAAAAUCACGACAUGUACAUCGCCGGUUCCGAUCGCCGAUACUUGAUCAUCACAAUGGGAAUAAUAACAGUCGCUUACUUCAUCUCGAUGACGACCGAUUGUCUCGGGGUUGUCCUCGAAUUGAAUGGAAUAUUGGCGGCAGUGCCCCUAGCCUACAUCCUCCCAGCCCUGUGCUAUCUCAAAUUGGAAAAUGGCGGACUUCUCUCACCUCAGAAACUUCCGGCCCUGGGGCUCUUCGUCGCCGGCAUUUUUGUCGCUGUCUCCGGGCUCUUACUCAUCAUCUUCAAUGACGAUAGGGAUGAGUCGUGCAAACACGGACAGGUCAUGGGUUAUUGUCUGAGAAAUUCAACAAUUUCUACGACCACUUCUGCGCCGGAAGUCACGACCGCUGUUAAACAGCUGAUCACGACAACUGCGCGAGUCAUUUCAAGUUCCACUGGGAUUACCGAGAAUUCUGAAGGCACAAGUGUUGAUUCUCUUCUCAUUGGGACUACGGCUAGGCCUGAGAUGACCUUGAAAGGGUAAUUUUGACUUCCGGUUUGAAACAAAUUUUGGAUAAUUUAUUUAUUUCACUGUUUUUGUUGGUGAGUUAUUCAAUUUUUUUUUUCUGCAAAAAUACGGAAUUUCAAGGGUGAACGCAAAUUUAAAUUAGUUUUUGUCUAGAUUUAAUCAUUUUUAGACGCGAUUUUUAAUCUCUUCAAUUAGUUAAUCAAUUAUGUAGACUGGAAGAAUUAUUUCUUCGAUUAUCUAUAAUUACAGGGUCAAGUAGUCAUGGGUGAAUUGAAGAUGAAGCUUCUGACAAAUUAAUUACUCUAAUUAUUAAUUUUGAAUUUUUGUUUAAUUUUUCUUUUUUUUGUUUUUGUUGGUGAAUUAUU